CACAGCGGCGCGCCUCUUGCUGGGCUUCCGGGUUGGAGAGGAAAAUCAACUACGCCGGGAAGCGUCACGUGGCUGGUACCUGCAAAAGCCUGGCUUCUGUUCCAAUGGAAAGAAAAUCCGAAUUGUCCAAAGGAGAAAGGGAAGAACGUCGGGACUUUGAGACUUUGCCUAUUCGCAGACACAGGAAGAGAUUAGUGGAAGCUGUUUGCGACAACGCAUUUCUUGUGGUGACCGGUGAGACAGGGAGCGGAAAAACCACUCAGCUCCCCAAAUAUUUAUUCCAAGAAGGGUUUGCCAAGCAUGGCAUGAUUGGUGUGACGCAGCCACGGAGAGUGGCUGCCAUGUCAGUGGCACAGCGGGUAGCAGAGGAGAUGAACUGCCCCCUGGGAAGCAUCGUGGGGUAUCAGAUUCGCUUUGAUGAGUGCGUUUCGGAGGACACCUCGAUCAAGUAUAUGACUGAUGGUUGCCUGCUGAGGCAGAUCCUGGCAGACCCGCAUCUUUCCAAAUACAGCGUCAUUAUCCUUGAUGAAGCUCACGAGCGGAGCCUGAACACGGACAUCCUCUUUGGCUUGCUGAAGCAACUGUUCCACGAGAAGACGCCCCUCGACAGGAAAAAACCUCUCAAGGUGGUGGUCAUGUCGGCCACCCUGGACACUGGCAAGUUUUCUGAGUUCUUCGGCGGCUGCUCGAUGGUGGACAUCCCGGGAAGGAACUACCCGGUGAUGGAGAUCUUCUGUGACAUCCUGGGCCCGAGGGAUGCUGGGAGCUCUGCUUAUGUGACAGAGACAGUAAAAGUGACCUUGGACAUCCAUUUGAACGGCUCGGCUGGGGACAUCUUGGUUUUUCUGACUGGUCAGUCUGAAAUUGAGAGAGCUUGUGAGCUCUUGUUCCAGAAGGCUGAAACCAUUGACUACCGUUUCGACGUGAAAGACAGAUCAGUCGAAGGCCUCCUCCUCCUGCCAUUAUAUGGUUCGAUGCCAACAGAUCAGCAGAGAAGAAUAUUUCUCCCUUCUCCCCCAGGCAUCAGAAAAUGUGUGGUGUCCACAAAUAUCGCAGCGACAUCUCUGACCAUCGAUGGAAUCAGGUACGUGGUCGACAGUGGGUUUGUGAAGCAGGUCAACCAUAACCCGAGAGUGGGCUUGGACACACUGGAGGUGGUCCCCAUUUCCAAGAGUGAAGCAUUGCAACGAGCAGGCCGAGCUGGCAGAACAGCAUCUGGGAAAUGCUAUCGGGUGUACAGCAAGGAAUUCUGGGACGAGUGUAUGCCGGACCACAUGGUCCCGGAGAUUAAGCGAACCAGCUUGACGUCUGUGAUCCUCACCUUGAAGUGCCUCGCGAUCCACGAUGUCAUAAGAUUUCCGUAUUUGGACCGCCCGGAAGAGAGGCGCAUCCUGGAAGCCUUGAAGCAGCUUUACCAGUGCAGUGCCAUUGACAGGAGAGGCCACGUGACCAAGCUGGGCGAAUACAUGGUGCAGUUCCCCCUCCCUCCAACCUUGACGUGUGCAGUCAUAAAGUCCAUUUCUCUGGACUGCGAAGACCUUCUGAUCCCGAUUGCAGCCAUGUUGUCAGUAGAAAAUGUCUUCAUCCGACCAGGGGAUCCCCAGAGACGAGAGGAAGCGGAGCGCCAGCACCGGGAGCUGUCUUUGCAAGCAAGAGGAGGCGAUGACUUUGCCAUACUCCUGUACAUCUUUGAAUGUUGCAAAUCAAGCAAAUCCCCUUCAAGUUGGUGUCAGGAAAACUGGAUCCACUGGAGAGCUGUGAAAUUAGCAUUCAGCGUGGAACAACAGCUUCGGGAAAUUGCUGGUAAACUGAAGCAGCUGCCAGACUUCCCAAAAGAACAUUUUGAUGGCACCAGAACUGAGCUCCUGAGACGAUGCCUUUGUGCUGGCUAUUUUGUCAACGUCGCCCGAAGGUCCGUCGGAAAGUCAUUCUGCACCAUGGAUGGCCAUGGCAGUAUAGUCUACAUUCACCCUUCGUCAUCUCUUCAUGAUCAGGAGGCCCAGCUGGAAUGGCUCAUCUUCCAUGAUGUCCUCGUGACGUCCAAGGUGUAUGUGAGGACAGUAUGUCCUGUCCGCUACGAGUGGGUCCAGGACCUAUUGCCCAGGCUUCACCAAAUCGACGCUUAUGAGCUGAGCAGCGUGGCGCGGGAAGAAGUGACCGAGGAUGAGCUGGCCGAGUGGAGGCGGAAAGAGGACCUCACGAGACAAAAUGAAAGAACAACAAACAAAUCUGGGACGAAGAUGGAGAGAAGAAAUGAUGACCAGUCGAUACUGGAUGCUCGCAUGCGGUACCUGGAGAGGAAGCGACAGAGAAUGCAAGAAUCAGACACCCCUUGGAAGGAAGCUAGCCAGCAGUCUCUGGAUCCCAACCGUUAAAAAGCCCUAAAUGACAGUGCGGUCAUCUGAUUUCCCCAUAGAUGUGGGUGAACAUGCGCUAUCCUCCUCCUCUUCCUCCUGUGGGGAACAGAGUCAAGAGAGGAGGUGGCUUGGAGGAUUGGAUGGUACCUGCUGUCGGGAAAGGAAGCAAAAGGGGGGGGGGGAACAAAAAGGCACAGCAGUUUGGUGGGGGGCAGAGAAAAUUUUCAGUGGUCUGUUUCCUGUUGUUAGCCUCCUUCUUGUGGCUAUGGGCCUGCACGCGCAUAGCUGCCUAAGAUCGCCCAGGGCGAGUCUCGACUACUCAACAGCCUCAGAGGGGGAAUUUCAACCCCAAUGGCUAGAGAACCAGCAAUAGCAGCAGUCAGAGCCGCUGAAGCGUGGAAGGAUGCUCCAUGGCCCUUACCUGUGAGGAGGGUGAUGGUGGGAGGCAGAGAGGAAAGAGCUCAAAGGAAGAAUUGGCAUGUUGCCCCACACAGACAGGACAGUUGUCCGAGGAACCCGCCAGCUGCCGGACUGAACAGGAUGUCUCUGUGACUGAGACGUCUCUGCAGGGGUUCCCCUGACUGGAUGUUGCAGAAUAGGGGGCAGGCAGCUGCGUGUGGGGGGAGGCAGAAGCAGCGCUGCUAAAAGUUUAGUGGGGGGAAGCCCAGAGCACAGGCAAAUUUGAUUUGCACCAUGUGUGGGAAAUGAAGUGGAAGAAUGGUUUGCAGGUGGAAAGUAACAGUUUGGAAGGCUUCUCUUCGUCAGCUCCCUAAAAGUAGGAAAGCAGCUCUGCGCAAGCAAAGGUUUGUGUAUGUGUGUGUGUGGGGGGGGGGGCAGGGCGGGGAGUAGAACUGUUCUCCCUGCUGUGCUUUCUGUUGGCAUGAAGUUCUUUAUGUGAAGGAAUGUUCAAAUCCUGGAAUUCCCCCACCUGCAGUCUGAAGUGGUAUGACCCAUUCUGCCAUCUCAUUCUCCUGCGCAUGUGAAUUAAACUGGAGCCACCUCCUGACCCUGUGGAGGACAGUGAAGCUAUGGCACUAUAUAUAGGAUGGAAGCCUAUGGAUCCAUAUUUUUUUUUUUAUCAUAUCUCUGAAGGUUUUGGGGGCUGAGGCUGGCCAGGCUGAAGUAAACUUUGCUGUGCCCCUCCCCCCCUUUGUCCUUAUGGAUCAGGCUAGGUCCUAAGGUGUUCAGUGAACGCCAAAGUGUCAGGGCAUUCAAAACUGAACCAUGUGGGGUCCUCAGGACAGGUACACGCAAGUAACCAGACUGUUAUCAUUUUUUAAAAAAAUAAUAGUUUAUUAAAUUCUGACCAAAUAAAGAAUUACUCUACAGACAA